UCCCAGUGCCGCUCCGCUGGGCGGAGCCCCAGGAGCCCAGCCCGCCUCCAGCUGCCCGGCUCGCUCAAUCCACCCUUGCAACCCCGCGUCCGCAGGUGCUUUCGGGGCGCCGGAGCCGCACCAUGCUGGGCAUGAUCAAGAACUCGCUGUUCGGGAGCGUAGAGACGUGGCCUUGGCAGGUCCUGAGCAAAGGGGGCAAGGAAGAAGUCUCCUAUGAGGAGAGGACCUGUGAAGGUGGGCAGUUUGCCACAGUGGAAGUGACAGAUAAGCCUGUGGAUGAGGGUCUGCGCGAAGCCAUGCCCAAGGUCAUGAAGUAUGUGGGGGGCACCAAUGACAAGGGAAUCGGGAUGGGCAUGACAGUGCCGAUUUCCUUUGCGGUGUUUCCAAGUGCUGACGGCUCCCUACAGAAGAGAUUAAAAGUCUGGUUCCGGAUUCCAAACCAGUUUCAGAGCAACCCGCCCGUUCCCACCGAUGACAGCGUUAAGAUCGAAAAGAGGGAAAGCAUCACUGUCUAUUCUCUGCAGUUUGGUGGUUAUGCCAAGGAGGCCGACUACGUGGCGCACGCCACUCAGCUGCGGACCGCCUUGGAGGGCACAGCGACCUGCCGGAGUGACAUCUACUUCUGCACUGGGUACGACCCUCCCAUGAAACCCUACGGACGCCGCAAUGAGGUCUGGCUGGUGAAAGCAUGAGUAAUGCUCUGAGUUAGACCUUCCUGGACAAGUCUUUCUGUGUCCACUUCCUCAGGGAAGGGGGGGAGCCACAGCUUACCCACCCUUCCUUCUGAGCCCUUCACUGCCAGUUUUCUGAAAUCAGCAUAUUCUUUCUGUGCUCUUUCUCGUGGUGGGAAGUAAUACAGCCCAGUAGGCGGCAUCCUUCUAACUGACUUAGAAAGCUCUGUUGUAAGCCAGGAAAAUCAGCAACAUUUUCCCAGAUAUCUGGGGCACUCAAAACUGAUUUAAAAAAUUUUUUGAACCUGUAUUUUUGCUAUGAAGGGAAAAAUAUGACUUGUGCCUGAUCUUUCAUCAUGGUUCUUACAAGAUCUUUGUCUGAAAAGAAACUGAAAAUAAAAAUCUUUGAUUGAAACAGCUGA